AUGGGCAAAACGUUUCGCAAUGUUCACCUCGCGUCGACUAACGACUUUCCGAAAGGCUGGGUAGCGCAUAAUGGCGGUACCUUCGCGAAGGAGAUCUUCAAAGAUGUCACCCAUUUGGUCGCUAGCAAAAAGGCCUGGCGGCGAUAUUGUCCCAUGGUUCGGGAAGCCCACCGGCUCAAGACCGUUCACAUUGUGCGGCUCGAGUGGCUCGAGGAUAGUCUGCUCACGAAGUUUCGCCGACCAUUAGACACGACAAAAUAUGAAUGGGAGCAAAGAAAGGUCACCAAAAUCGUCAGAAAGAGAAGGAUGAAAGGCGAAACCGGUGAAAAAGCCAGCGGUGAGAGUGACAAUACUUGCUGUACAACCGAAGAGGAAGAGGUGACAGGAAGAAAACGAACAGACGAGUGA